GUAGAUGGUGCCAUGGUGGAAGGGAAGACCAAAGUUCUGUACUUCGAAUCCAUAUCAAACCCUACUCUGACGGUGGCGAAUACUCCGGAGCUCAGCAAGCUGGCCCACCGAAAGGGUUUGAUGGUGGUGGUGGACAACACCUUUGCUCCAAUGGUGCUUUCGCCAGCUCAUCUUGGUGUUGAUGUUGUCGUUCACAGUAUCUCCAAGUUCAUCAUCGGUGAGGCCGCCAUUAUCGCAGGUUUGCUUAGAGAGCUUGUCACUUGAGAGUGUACGGGAGUAUACGUAUUGACUGUUGGAGUUGGGCUGUUGAUAAGCUCUGUGAAGUAAGCUCCUAGUUCUAGUUGACUCUUCUCUCUUGUAGCCCCACCAUGAUGGUGGGCAUUAUGGUUGUAUUGUAUGAAAGUAUAUGGUAUGAUUUAUAUGUGCAUUCAUUCACAUUCAUAUAGAUGUUAUAUGAUCUUGAUGUUAUGAUGAUGCACUGAUGAUAUAUGUUAUGAGGAUCCUGGCCAGUGAUCAAGGUAUGUAGGCUGCCUAUGACUUGACUCUGGGAGCUAUUUCUUACUGAGGUUGUAUUGACUGCCUAUGACUUGACUCUGAGAGCUAUUUCAUACUGAGGUUGUAUUGACUAUCUAUGGCUUGACCUUGGAAGUCACACAUGUGUAACCGUCUAUGGCUUGACCCUGGGGUUACACAAGGAUGAUAUGA